UGUUCAGUAACGCUUCAACUGUCAACAACUACUGAGCACAUUGAGAGACUGUUUAAACAUUAAACGCUUCGUUUGACGUUAUGUGUUCGCUGAUAAGAGAAAACUCUGAAAGUCCUUUAGAUCACGAUGAGUUAAUGUUAAAGGAAUUGGAAAGGCGCGACGGCAUUUAUUCUUUUAUCUUUCAUGAAUUAGAGGCACCGCGCGAAAAUUUUAUAAAAGAAGAAAACAAAAUCCUUCCGCCAACGAGUCCUACGGUGAAUAGGCAAACUUUUGCGUUUAAUGAAUCAUCUGAACUACCAAUACAAUCGCCGUCAGUUCAUUUGCCUGCAUUAUCUACAUCCAAUAACAGCGACCAUUUACCUGAUGUGACAAAUGUUUUUCAAACGCCGACAAUAACAUUGCCUACGGUACGGCAAUCAAAUGAGGAAAAUUCAUUACAAAAAAUGCCAUCCUUUGGUGCUCCUAAGUUAACAAUGUGUAAUAAUCAUUAUUUAAAAGCAUGGCGUCCGGCAUCAUCGCUAUUCUAUGAUUGUACAAAAAUUUGCAAUUAUGUGUCGAAUCGAACUUUCCGUGUUCGUAUACCAAUGCCGCGUUUUUCGCAUAUAUCUGCUCCUCUCAUACGUAAUAGACGUCACGCACUUAAAGAAACGGCCGACUAUAAAAAUUGUAAAAUGUGCACGAUAGGCGUACCGGAUUUGCGUUCAUUAUUUCCCAACGAUCCCGAUGUGCAUGCGCCCUUCAACAAACUCUCUAAUAUGCAUGAGAAAUCCGGAGGCGUCAUAACACCUACAAUUUUAAUAGACCAACAGCAAUAA